UGGUUUUCCACGAUGUGGACGUCUUUGCGGAGAAGCUGCUCCCGGUCGUGGAGCCCAUGCAGAAGCUCUUCAGUGCGGGUGCGGGCACUUACUACGGCGACGCCAUAUUCUUCCUCUCGGUGGCCAUGCAUCGCAUCAUGCCGAAGGAGAUUUCACGUAUCAUUCAAGUGGACCUCGACGUGGAAUACCGGACCAAUAUCCGGGAACUCUUUGAAGAAUUUGACAACUUCCCAGAGGGAGCCGUGAUCGGUAUUGCCCGAGAGAUGCAGCCUGUCUACCGGCACCUCUUCUGGCAGUACCGGCAGGAGCACCCCGGCACCAGGGUGGGGGAGCCUCCCCCCGAGGGGCUGCCCGGCUUCAACAGCGGCGUCCUCCUGCUUCAGCUGGACGCCAUGCGCCGCUCGGAGCUCUACAACCGCCUGCUGGAGCCGGAGGCCCUCCAGGAGCUGGCCAGCCGGUUCCACUUCCGGGGCCACCUGGGCGACCAGGACUUCUUCACGCUGGCCGGCAUGGAGCACCCGGAGCUGUUCCACGUGCUGGACUGCACCUGGAACCGGCAGCUCUGCUCCUGGUGGCGCGACCACGGCUACAGCCAGGUCUUCGAGCACUACUUCCGCUGCGACGGCCACGUCCGGAUCUACCACGGCAACUGCAACACGCCCAUCCCGGCGGAGUAGUGCGGGGCCGCCUGUCCGGGUGGUUCUUCGGGCGGCAGCCCCCCGCGGCCGGCCCGGUCUCUGGCGGCUCCUGGCACAGUGGGCCCCUCGCGGGUGGCACAAGAACCCCCUGGGCCGGGGGCGGCCUGCUUCGGCCGACGGGGGCCACCACGGCGGGUGGGGCUGGGCAGGUGGUGGGGCUGCCCUGUCCCAGGGAGCACCGCAGCCCCGUGCAAGGAAGGCAAGGCAGCGCCCGGAAGACGAGCCGGCCUCCCCAGUCCCUCCCUCCUGCCCCAUUUGUUAGCUCCUGGGGGAAGCGUACCCACCUUGGGGCUCCAUCCUGGCUUCGGGGUGGAAGGGGCACCGGCAGGUGGGGGUGGGGGACUGCUUGGGAGGCGCUCUGGCUGACACCCGCCCACCACUGCGGAGGCCGGGUCAGCAGAGCCCUGGGCGUCCCACGUGCGCCAGCCCCCGAGCAAGGGUGGGAGGCCUGGCUGCUGGCAGUCUGCCCCCCCACCCCAGCAGGACUGCCUCGCGUGGACAGGAGCGCCCCUUUCCUGCGCUCUCCAGGAGCCGCUGCGGGCACAGCUCUCCCUGCCCGGCGCCCGGAGACUGCAGGCCUGCCGUCAGCCACAGCGUCCUGCGCGAGGAGCCCGUCGUCUUGGGCUGGGCAGAGCGUUGCAGAGGCCGUAGAACUGGCCCUGUGGGUGGCUUGGCCUCUGCAGCGGGGGAGAUGGGGGAAGGGGGCGUGUUCCCCGCUGGAGGGGCACGCGUGUUCGCAGCGAUCCUCUUCCUUUCUGCGCUCAAGUCCCCUCCCUCUGUCCAGGGUGCCUGCUCCUCCCUCAAUCUGGCCACGUGGACCCAUCCUGGGGCUCUGAGGCCCACUGCACCUGCGGCCCCAGGGAUCUGGAGUGCCUGGUGUGGGGAGCUGAGGCAGGGUCCUCCGGGGUUCCCGUCCGGCGGACCUGCUCCGUGUAGGCCCGGGCGCACUCCCCGGCUCUCUGCCGAGAACGGUGGCGUGUUUCUCUGCUUGAGAGCAAAGGCGGGGCCCUUGCCGAGCGGGUGGUCAGAGCAGAACCAUCCGCCUGCGCCGUCUGAUAGCCCCCCUCGCUGGGGGGGUACAUUGCCGGCCUCGGAAGAGCAGGCCAAAGGGCUGGGAGGCCGGACCAGGCCCCCACCCCCUCGGCCUGGAUGUCUCCAGGAGAAGGAGGCAUCUGCAGCCUCCGACUGGAGGACGGACCCUCUUUCCGGGGCAAGGUGGACUCUGUCAAAAGAAUCCGCAGUCGCCGAGGCAGCUCUACGGGUGUGACGGGAACGGCAGGAGAGGCAAACAGCCCCCAAGACGGCGGCUCUGCGUGGGCCCCGCGCAUCACACACACGGGCUUUGUGCCUGUGGGGGCCCACUGUCGGGAGGUGCCUGUGCUCGCUUGGGCGGGAGCCCCCCCAUUGCCAGGAAGGAUGGGGGGCCCCCAGCCCUCCCCUCAGUUGCUCUUGGACCGCUGAUGUGCCUAGAUUGGGAAUCGCUUUGCUCUUUGCCGGGUGCCCUGCGUUCUUUUUCCCACGGACUUUCUCCGCUUACCCCGAACAGACUCCCUCUCGGUUCCCCUCUCGUCCAACCCAUUUUCACUCUGCAGAGGUGUUUCCACGACUCUCCUGUCCGUCCUCCCGGCUCGGCCGUGCUGCCUUCGCCUCGCCCUUCACCAUCUCUCUGCCUCCCUGCAUCCUGUGCAGGAGUGGCAGCCGUCAGGGGCCGGGCCUCGUGUGGCGGCGGGUUGCCGCCCUCCUCGGCCUCGCGUGCCCAGGCGAAGGGCGCCUGUGGGGGCGGCACACCCUGCCUGGCCCUCGCAGAACAAGCAGGGCCGGGCAACGUGGGGCUGGUGAGCCUGAGGCCGUCAGGCGAGGAAGCCCUGCAGGGGUGGAGUCCCAGAGGAGGACGGGAGGGCUGUUCUCCCACCUCCUCGGGUGACCAUGUGGUGCAAAAGAAGAAACAGCCCGAGCAAGAUGGCCGCUGCCGCCCCAGAGCACAAGAACAGGCGCCGCCUGGCUCCCAGCCACCAGGUCCCUGCCCGCCACUCUGGACCGCUGCUCCCCGGGCCUCUGCUCCGAGAGGGCUGCACCCCCGGGAAGCAGCUCCAGCACCUGGCUCACCACCAAGGCGCUCCCUGGGCACUGCCGACGGCACUGCCCUCAGAAAACAGCUGGGCACGCGCGUGCCCUGUGGCGCCGAACUCCGAGGCCAGGGGUCUGCGGGAGCGAUCCGGUUCUGCCCUUACUGAUUGGGGUUGUCGCUCAGACGGCUCCCCAGCAUCUCCUUGCUCGGAAGCUGGGCCCGAUGGCUCUGGCAAGGAGGGCCGCGGGCCUCCGUACCAAAACGACUGGCACCAGGCCCCGGUGCGCUCCCCCCACCCGGGCCGCACGCACCACCCUCAUUCCUCAGCACCGGGGAGAGGUGAGCAGAGCAGCCACCAGUGGCCGCCCUCCACAUCCGGCCAGCGCAGUGGCCGGGGCGCCGGUUCUCCCCUCGGAGGCUGCCCGGGUGGGUCUCGGCCGUCAGCCGUGCAUGCGAGGCCCUCGGCUUGCCCUGCGGGCACACGAGUGCCCGCCACCUUCGGGGCCAUCCCUGCAGCAGCUCUGCAGCGCUGCCACGUGGUCCACGCCCUUGAUGUUCAUCGGGCGUCGAGACUCCAGACCUGCCCUCGGGGCAGCCCACUGCCCGGCAGGGACACCGGCACCCUCUGGUCAAGCCAGCCGGUCACCCGUGCGUGCGAUGCACGGAGGCCGCGAAGGAGAAGGGCAGGUUGCUUCUCUGUAAGGCCACCCUCUGAGCGGUCGUGGUGCGUUCACACCACCCGUCCUCCGGCCCCUUUGCUCUCCUCCUCCCAACAGCUCUCCCCUGCCCUCCAGGGACCUUCCGUGCUGGGCCUGGCUGGGAUCUUUUCAGUCCAGAGAGCCAUAAGAAUUGAGGGGGUGGCUGAGAGCCACUCCCCAAACUUCCUGGGGACAGGAAGGGGCCGGGCUUCCAGCCACGUGAAUGCUUGUACAGGCUUCCCGAUACCUCACUCUGCACGGGCCCAAAGCCUGUAUGUGUGAAUGUACAGAUGACCACUCUGGGCGAUGGUUGCGAGUCAGGAGCUGGCUUCUUCAGAGCUGCCUUGAAAGCCUGCGAGGAAGAGCUCAGACGAACUGAUGAAGGCCUCGUCCAGGCGUGGAACCAGCCAUGGGAAGGCCCCCUGCCCCACGUGCCUCAGCCAGGCAACCCUGGAGGUGGGCAGCUGAGCACCCCUCUGGGAGCCUCUGUGGAUGUCCGUUUCUGUCGGUGCUGGUGGCUGCACCCUCUCCUCUCCCAGGUAUGCUCAGUGAUUGUGGGAGAAUGACAAGCAGCAGGUGACGGAAAAGCAGCCUGCAGGUUGUCCGCGCGUGCAAGGGACGCUGACAAGUGUCUUCGUGAGCUACCUGUAUGGAAGCGCUGAAUGUGAAUAAACGGAAGGGAAGCGGC